GGACGUAUCCGAAGCUCAGUUUGAACUGCCUUCGCGAAGUGCGCGGUUGACAGUCGCUCUCCCUGGAUCACUCUCCCUCUCACCCCCCCUUCUCCCUGUCCCUCCCCGCUCCUCGUGGGUCCGUGCGGGGGAAGUGAACAGAUAAACUGGCUAACCACUGCCUGUUUAGCUGCUUCUUUGUGCUGGAUUUCCUCGCAAGACACUAAUCUGAGGCCAACGUUCACAUCGCCACAAUGAGGCUGAUGAGAGGCCUAGCGCCCCUGACCCUCGUCCUCCUGCUGGCGGGGGUGGCGGCAUCGCACAACGGCUGUGCGCUCAAGAUCGUGCGCGAGAUUCCACACAAGUCCUCUCUCCACCACCACAUCUUUAACAACGUCCUGGGAGCCCCGGUGCCGGGGUCGGUGUGUGUGACGUACGCGGACGUGGACGGCGCCAUCUACGCUGCCACCACACGCAUCCACAUCAUGCCGCCGAAGGGUGACUGGACCCCGGACGACCUAGGACCUGUGGGCGAGGUGCUGCUGGAGGCGUCGAGGAUCAUAGCCAACAAGUACAGACUCACACCUGGGGAGAUCGCCCACCAACUCCCUCUUCUGGACACCCACCGCACCGCCGCCGCCGCCAUCUGUCCCCGCUUCGCCUCGCCGCUCACCUGUACGCCGGGCAGGUAUAGGCGCAUCGAUGGCCUCUGCAACAACAUGUACAACCCUACCUGGGGAGCCACCCGCGCCGUCUUCAGCAGGCUGCUGCCCCCGGAUUACAGUGACGGCAUCAGCAACCCUCGCGUGGCCCUGGACGGCUCGGAGCUGCCCAACGCUCGAAUCAUCUCUGCCCACAUCCACAAGGACGAUGGCUUCCACGAUCACGCCGCCACCACCAUGAUAAUCGCGUGGGGCCAGCUGAUGGACCACGACUUCACCCUCACAGCCACGCCUCUUGACCCAAGGGACCGCAACGAGCUGGAGCAGUGUUGCAACCUUCGACCCGAGCAGAAGAAUCCUUACUGCAUGGAGUUCCCGAUCCCCCAUCACGAUCCCUUCUACAGGCUCUUCGGCUUCAAGUGCAUCGACUUCAUCAGAGGCUUCCCCGGAGUGCCGCAGAACUGUGCCCUCGGUCCUCGCAACCAGUUCAACAUCCUGACGGGCGUGAUCGACGGUAACACGGUGUACGGAGGCAGUGACGAGGAGGCGAGGAACCUUCGUGCUGGCGUGGGCGGGCUCCUGCGGUGGUACGAGGCCUUCCCUGGUCUGCCUCUGAAGCACCUCCUGCCCCUCAAGACGGACAUCCCCGACGAGGGCUGCAUGCGCGAACACGGCGACCAGCGGUGCUUCCUGGCAGGCGAGAUCCGUGUCAACGAGCAGCUCAUCCUGGGUAUCAUGCACACACUCCUCAUGAGGGAACACAACCGCAUCGCCCACAUCUUGGCCAAGCUCAAUCCUCACUGGGACGACGAGAGGCUCUACCAGGAGACGCGAAGGAUCGUGAUUGCCGAGAUCCAGCACAUCACCUACAACGAGUUCCUGCCGCAGCUGCUCGGGAAGGAGGUGAUGGCGCGCUAUGGCCUCCUGCUGUCCAAGGGCUACUGGGACGGCUACAACCCUAAGGUCAACCCGGGAAUCACCGCCUCCUUCUCCGCCGCCGCCUUCCGCUUCGGCCACUCCCUCCUGCCCUCCGCCGUCGAGCGCUGGAGCCCCACCCACAAGUUCAUCGCCUCCAAACGUCUUAGUGAUUUGAUUCGUCAGCCCUACGACCUGUUCCGGCCCGGAGUGUUGGACGAGUACAUAAUGGGCAUGGCCAACCAGCCCUGCCAAGCCAUGGACGACGGCAUCACGCAGGAGGUCACUAAUCACCUCUUCGAGGAGGCACACGAGAAGUUUGGCCUUGACCUCGUGGCGUUCAACGUGCAGCGCGGCAGAGACUUCGGCGUACCCGGCUACGGAGCCUGGAGGAAAUACUGCGGCCUGGAACCCAUCGUCUCUUUCGCCGAUCUCACUCACCACAUGACCAACUACACUGCCAAAAUGUACUCUGAAAUCUAUAAGUCCGUGGCUGACAUUGACCUGUGGAGCGCCGGGGUGUCCGAGCGUCCCCUCCCCGGAUCCAUGCUGGGACCUGUCUUCUCCUGCAUAAUCGCCACCCAGCUGCAGCGCGCUAGGCAGGGCGAUCGUUACUGGUAUGAGCUCCCCGGCCAGCCCUCCUCCUUCACCCCCAAGCAAUUGGCGGCCAUCAAGCACUCGUCGCUCUCCCGGAUCAUCUGCGAGAACACUGACAACAUAGAGAACAUUCAGCUGUACCCCAUGGUGCUGCAGGACCCCAGGCUCAACCCUCGUAUGUCGUGCAAGAGCGCUCUCAUCCCUCACCUCGACCUGACCCCCUGGAUUGAAGUCCCCGGCAGCAUUGGCCCUGAACCCUACCCUCCUGCCACCCAGAUCGAGGUGUUCUCCACGUCAAAGAGUUUACACGGUCCUGCUGUGUCCUCUGUUCAACAAUCCUACUUCUAUGGUUAUGGGCUUGGCCGUUAAGGACCUACACAUAUCACUGCUCAGCUCCACCACAAGUGUUCUCAAGAAUUCUGAUGAAAAUAGCAACGGCAACAACGAAAAGAUUGUUCUAUAACAUGGCAAAAUAAUGGCAACUAUUAAAUUCCUAUUUCACAUGUCAUGUCACUGGUUCGCUCACCCCUUCAAUGUUAAUCUUUGUUUAAUGACAUACUCCAUUCACCUCCUGGUUUAAAAUAUCAUCUAGGUGCAUUUUUGUCUAGCUUAAGUUUCUCUUUUCCAAAUGCUAUCUUAGACAAGGGUUUGUGCCUAGUUACAAGUAGGUUUAGGUGACUGUCAAUUAAACGGUACCAAACACACCCUUUUUUUGUUCAAGCUACAGUCAACAUCAUGUGUUAAUAAGGUCCAUCAAAGAAACACUAUAAAUUCCAUGAUAUUCAAGUAUAUUGGUGAUUUACUUUACCUGAUAUCUAGUUUUUCCCAUCUUACUACAUCAGAGAAACUAUCAUUAUUAUUGUUCUUGUAGUUCAGGAACCUAAACCAUGAUGGCAAAUCCCUUCAUGUUUAUGCAGGUAUUGAUGUGUAAUUUCUACAUCUGAAUUUCUCUCUCUCUCUCCUCUUCUUUUUCUCCUCUUCUUUUUCUCUCUUCUCUCUUCUCUCUCUCUCUCUCUCUCUCUCUCUCUCUCUCUCUCUCUCUCUCUCUCUCUCUGUUUGCUGUACAUACUUUUCCCUAUUUCAUACCAUAUAAUUUUAAGGCACAUGUGGUUAUAUUCAUUGUAUAUGAUGGUUGCCAACAGAAAUUCCAGCCUACUUGAAUAGCACUUCAGUAAAUAAGGCAUUUGUAUGGUACUCUUUUCUGCUCCUUCCUGUUACCCCUCAUCUCCAAACUGAGGAAAAUGUCUGGGUGGACUGGGGGUGAGCACAAGGGGCCACACCAAUGCUACACUCAUUUAUGAAGUACUACUCAGAGGUGGACAACAAUAUCUACUGACAAGUGCACAUGCUUUCAUCUGUGGGUGUACAGACCUCCCAGUGUGUCAGUGGAACUCAAGUCACACAGCAUGCAUUACUUCCAGACCAUUCCAAGCACUGGUUAUUGGGGAUGUAAUUUCAUACUAUAAACUAGGAAUGUUAGAAAUAGUGACAUUCAUGUGUAUUUCCACACAUUCACCUUACUACUGAGAACAUGUAAAUUACUACACUCUACGAUUUAAUUUCCUUUGACUAUAAAUUUUUUAAUGUCAAUCAGAUCUUUGUAAAUAUUAUAUAAAAUGUAUGUUAUCCAAAGUGGCUCUUUGAUCUGUUUAAAAAGCCAUAUUAAUAUGUAAGAUAACUGACUUGUGCCACUAUCACUACUAAAAAUACACAAUA